AAACACCGUGAGUUACAACUCAAUUGAUUGCGAUGACGGUGCCAGGAAACUGCUUUGCACGUUGCCAAACCGAGAGGCCUUGUAUAUAUAACAAAAGAUAUAGUCCUUGACAGUGAAAAUACCAUCCCAAAUUCUUUCGAUUCAGCCUCCUCCAAUCAAACAUGGAUCUGAGCAAACAUCAAUUCGGAGCCUCUUCCUCUUCUUCUUCCACCCAUUCGUUCACACACGAUGUCUUUCUGAGCUUCAGAGGUGCGGAUACGCGCAACAACUUCACUGGCCAUUUAUACCGCAAUUUGGUUCAGGAGGGAAUUAACACCUUCAUAGAUGAUGGACUUCCGAAAGGAGAAGAUAUAUCACAAGAGCUUCUCGAAGUAAUUGAGAGAUCAAAUAUUUCGGUCGUUGUAUUUUCUGCCAACUAUGCAUCAUCAAAGUGGUGCUUGGAUGAACUUGUCAAGAUCAUUCAAUGUAGAGAAUCCAAGCAACAAAUCGUUUACCCAAUUUUCUACAAGAUAAAUGCGUCGGAGAUACGAUACCAAAAUGCCCAGGUUGGUGAUGCAAUUGCUCACCUUAGCAAACACAAGGAUAACUUAGAGAAGGUGGAGAGUUGGAAGGCAGCUCUUACACAAGCAGCAACUUUGUCUGGGUGGGCCAUCUCGGAUGAAGGGUACGUAUGUUCAAUAUAAUUGGCAUCAGGUUGAGAAGAGGUGACAAUUCACAAAAGAUAUGGUUGAACGACGGAAGCUUCACAAACUUGAAAAAGCUACAAAUUUUUAUAGUCGAUAUAUGGACGCUUGGCGGAGAGAGCGUGGAUUAUCUCCCCAACCAGUUGAGGGUCCUUGACUGGAGGGAAUGUUCAUUACGAUCGUUGCCAGCGAAUUUUAAUCCGAGGAAACUUGGUAUGCUGCAAAUGCAUGGGCCCUGCACGACUCCACUAGCCGAGGGAUUGAAGAAUAUGCGAUAUUUGAACUCUAUCAAAAUGUCGGACUGUCAUGGUAUAACAAGAAUUCCUGACUUGUCUGGAUUAACAAGCUUAGAGUAUUUGGAGCUGUGUUACUUUAGAGAUUUAGUUGAAGUUGAUCCUUCGGUUGGCCGUCUCAAUAAGCUCCUCAUUUUGAGACUCACCCGUUGUUUCAAGCUGCAGAUGUUUCUAAAGGGUAUCAACUUGAAAUCCUUGGAAACUCUGGAUCUCUCUGGUUGCCCGCUUAAGUUCUUCCCUGAAAUUGAGGGGGACAUGAAGUCUUUGAAUCACCUGGAGCUAAGUGAGACUCACAUCAAAGAGUUACCUUGCUCGGUUGGAAAUCUCACUGGCCUUAAAUCCUUGUCUCUAACUGACUGUCAUCAUCUUACAAAUGUACCAUCGAGCAUUUUCUAUGCAUUGCAAUGUCUGGAGUAUGUUGGUCUAGGUUACUGCUAUGAGCUUGUUACAUUUCCAACAAAAUCAGAAUCACUUCCUCCACCGAACUUUUCAACUAACCUGACGAGAUUACAAGUUUAUCUGUACGGUUGCUAUGGGCUUGAAGAAAUUUCAGAAUUUCCACGAGAAAUAGAUGGCUUAGAUGUGGAGCGCUGUGAGUCAUUGGAAAGAAUUUCAAAGUUGUCAAAAAUUUUGGAGGGCAAAGAUUCAAAAAUGUUCAGUUCGUUGGAAUUGGCUGACUGCCAGACACUGUGCGACAAUCUGGCUCGUGGAGUAGGAUCAGAGGUUCAUGUGGCCAAGAAUGGAUUGAAGAUGACAUCCGAAGAAUUGAUUGGAGAGGCAGAGAAAUUGACGGCUCUGUUGACUCUUUUUUUCUCUUGUCCGAAAUCUGAAGAAUUCCAAGUACAGUUUCCCACAAGUGCUCCGAUUCCAAGCUGGUUCACCUGCCGUCAGGAUGUGAAUUGGGAUGUGGAUUCGGAUGUGAAUUGGGAAAUGUAUUGGGGGGAAGUGUAUAGUGAAGUGAUACAUAAAGAGCAUGAGCUUUGCAUUGAAAUUCCUCAAAACUCCAAUUGGGACAACAGAGGGUUGGCUUUCUGUGUUCAAUUGUGUUCGGCUCACCUCACUUGUUUUGUUUACAUCAAUGGAAUAAAGUUUGAUAAGAAAGACGUGCUUUGGGGUAACGUGUGGGUGCAUUAUAUUCCAUUGGUUACAGUAAUAAGGAGGUUGAGUGAAAAUGGGAUGCCGCCACCUGAUAUGUUUCGAGUUAUGUUUCGUUUUGAAGAGAACGUCACUGAUAGUGCUAUCACAAUGAAGGUAAGCUGGGGAGUCCACCUGAUCGAAGAUUUGGAAGGAAAAGCCGAUGAUAGUCCAGCUGACUUCCAGUAAAAAUCCUUAUGCAAUGUCUGUAUUAAGUUGAGUUGCGAAGGAACUCGAUGCUCCAGAUAUGGCUGAUACAAUAGAGUAAGUGGAUUAUGUACUUCAUUAGCAAGCAAGGUUGGGCAUAUAUACCUUGGAUUUCAUUCAGUUUUUCCAUGCAUAGUCAGACACACCUCAAGAGGGUUUGGUCUCUUUGCAGCUUUGGUAGCAUAGUGAAUUCCGGUCCUCUUCUCUAGUCAAUUGUCACUAUCCCAUUCGCGAGUGUAAUGGAUUCUGUUUCACAAGUUUACUUCCAAAGUGAGUGCACAGUUGGUCUUUGUUCUGUUUAUCUUUAAAAGUUGAAAAAUUUGCCAACUAAGGGCAGCCUUUGUUCAACCAGGUUUUCCAGAUCUUCUGGGUUCUGAUGCAUGUCUACCUGAAAUUAGUUCAGCACGCUUUUUGCCUGUUUUCAUUUUCUUUUAGUAUAGAAGUAAUGUUUGUGAGUUAAUUUACCUUUGUUACUGUGAAGUUCUUGAUGAAUAAUCUGAUUAAGAUGUGAGAAAACAGCAUUUGGGCCUCUUAAGAAUAAGACAAUACAUGCCUGUUGUAAGUUUGAGUCAUCCUUGAUAAAAAAAAGUUCAAAUGGGUAGAGUAAUGCCUGCCCAGAUUCAGGAGGACACUGAUACAGGAGUUGCAGGCGGGUGGAAGCAUUUCACCAAGAGCUUAUAUUGGAACAACAUGGUGAUCGAUCAACACAUAUAAGAUGCUGAGCUGGUACAGAUUUUUAAGGGACCAGCAAGUGUGGGAUGCUAUGCUCAACUUGAGGAAGGAGUUUUUCUGUUCAACUGUGACAGAUUGAUCUAAUCGGUGAGAUGCCAAACUGAUCGAGAUUUAAUUAGUUCAGUACCGGGUUCUACUCUACACUCAUCUUUGCGAUUCUCGAUAUUUGACAAGGUGAAAAUCAGCAAAGUUGUAGUCUUAAGGCAAACUAAGAUGAAUCUAGAGAUCUGGUCGAAACAAUAAUGAGUCACUGAGUUUAGGUGUUGUCUCCUAAGUACAUGCGCGCAAUGAUCUAUGUAGAAUGCAUUGUAAAGUGCUUUCAAGAAGAUUUUGGAUUCUUGGUAGCAGCCUUGCAUGGUGUAUUACAUCCAUACUUUUCCAGUCAAUUCUCAGCAUUACCAGAAUACCAGCAGCAGUCUGGAAAUGCCAACAUGCAUUCUGCAUCGUACAUGGAUACCAAUGCAAUCAGUUUGAUUUUACAGCUCGUGUCUUAGAGAGACCAUGAUCCUACCUCUGCAGUAGGAAUACGAAACCUACAUGACUACUUUAAAUACUCAAUGUGCCCCCAAACCUCCAACACAAAUUGUCCCAAGUGGUGCAAGGUUAACAUUGACAGAGUGUUGCAGCUCUGUCUCUGGAAGAAUUGGUACAGGAGAAUAUUACGAAGGAGUUUAGCGACUGAAUCAAAGGUUUUUCUGUAAGCCUUGCUCUUGGUACAAUCAUGAAAGCUGAAGUCGGGGGUUUAUUCAGGGGUCUUCUUAUUCGAGCAUGGUUAAUCUGCAAAGAGCCUAUUCUGUGACGCUAGCUGGGACAUCUCAGUGACUCAUGUCUAGCUACAAGGAACUUAAAAGAAACAGCAGAGAACUUACCAUGCUUGAUCAUCCUUGGCCAUUGAUUUGGCACUUUUGGCUAAAGAAGUCUUAUGGAUUUGUAAAGACUGGGGUUAUGCAAUUUUGCAAAUGCAAUGCUAGUUUCUUUCGCGCUUGGGUGCCAGACUUCAAAAAGAAAGAAAAGAAUGGGAAAUGCACCCUAUGCUGUUGAAUUCAGAUACUUGUGCCUUUGUGUGCCGCAUGAACUUUUUUUGAUAUGGGAAACUGAUUCCUUUCCCUUUCUUCCAAAUUUUUGGUUGUAGCAAUUUUUGUUGUAUAUUUGGGGAAAAUGUUGAGAAUGCUAGAGAUAGAUUAGAUAAACGAGGUAUAGAUAAUCCUACGAAAUGAUGGUCUUCCCUCUC